AUGUCAGAGGGGGCCUACCAGCAGGUUUGGGCCCAGUCCCACAUGGCCCUCCAGGAGCUCCUGUCCCAAGAGCUGCCCCCUCCUGCCCCCGUGCCCGAGCGAGAUCGGUCCUCCUUCGUGCACACCCUCUCCUUGCUCUUCCUGCGCUACCUGGGGCUGCUGCGGAGACUGGACAGCGUGUACGACCAGCUCGUGCAGCCUCAGAAGCGGCGGCUGGUGCGGCGACUCCUGGACGGGAUCAUCGGGCGCGUCCUGGAGCUGAAGGAGGAGAUGGUGGAGGCGGAGCUCACUGAGUACCCUUGCCUGGACACUGUGCUGCACGACAUGAAACUGACCCCGGUCGACUUGGAGAUCCCGAUCCCCAAAUACUUCUUGGUUGAGCAGGAAAAAGCGCUGAAGAACCGGGAGCUCUUGCUGAUGGAUAUCUUGCAGAGAAUGGUGCCCCAGCAACCCCUCUGGGGCACUUCCGCCAUGUGCCAAUCAGAGGCGAUAGCUCUGAUCCAGCGGGCAGAGCGGGCCCGGCAGGGACGACUCCGGGCCCACUUCAUGAAGGACAUCCGGAAGAGUGAGGAACGGGAGCGGCGGGCCCGGGAGAGGGUGGCCAAGGAGUGCAGCCAUGAGGAGGCUGCUCUUUGCAUCCAGAAGGUGUGGAAGGGGUUUCUGCAGCGGAAGCUCACCAAGCUGGAGCGGCAGAUGGAGAUGGAGUUCAUCGGCAUGGCGGCGGGGCCCGGCCUGGUGGGUCCUUCGGGGGCACAGCUGCGGGUGCAAAUCGGGGAGGAGCAGAAGCGACUCCGGCAGGCGGAGGAGGAGGAGGAAUACCAGCUGCAGUUGGACCAGGUGCGAAACUUCGUGCUGCAAGCCGAGGGCUCCGAAAUCCGCGAGGAGAUGAAGGAGAACAUCCGCCAGUGGUUCAUCGAAUGCCAUCACCUCACUGGCAAGUUCCCCGAGUACCCGGACGAAGAGAUCGGUGGUUCCCAAGUGCUCUUUUUGGAGAAGACUCCGGACCAGGUGAGAAUUGAGCUGGAUCACCUGAAGGAGGAGGAGGAUGACAAAAAGAAGGAGAAGGAAAAAUCAAAGGAAAAAGAAAAAUCGAAAGAGAAAGAAAAACCAGAGAAAGAGAAGAAGAAAAAGGAGGAGGAAGGGAAGCCAGGGAAGGCCAAGAAGGGGGAGGAAGAGACCAUGCUGAAAAUGGCACCGUCCAAAUUUCUGCCAGGCAUCAGCACUGUGCACGAGGAGUAUAUGAGGCUAUGGCAUCAGCUGGCAGAGGGCCCGAAUCCCAGUCAGAGCCACAACACCGAGAUGACCUGGGAGCUGAAGCGGAAGGAGGUGGAGGUCGAGAUCCGAGUGCAGGUGGACGAGCUGAUGCAGUACGAGCUGCGGAAUCUGCGCCUGGCCGUAGAUAGGGAAGAGUGGAAGACAGACAAGGAAAAGGCGAAGAGCAAGAAAAAAGACAAAGGGAAGACAGGAGGGAGGAAGGAGAAAGAUCUCACUCCAGACAGAACCCUGGAGUCUUUGUACGAAGAGCUGGUGAUGCAGGGCCUCCUCAAACAAAACAAGUCGGUGAAGUUGUCGGACUAUAUCGGUGACUGCCUCUACCUCGGAUCGCCCCUGCUGCAGGCCAAAGCGGACCCCGGACCCUCCCUGCUUGCCGUCCGACAGAACGUGGCUCUAUACGGGGUCCUGCGGCUCGGCUCGCUGGAGGCCCACAAGCUGGCCCCCUUGGUCCGCUCCCUGCUGCUGGCUGGCCCCGCGGGCAUGGGCAAGAGAAUGCUGGUACACGCCGUCUGCACAGAGACCGGCGCCAACCUGUUUGACCUGUCGCCCGACAACUUGGUGGGGAAAUACCCGGGCAAGAGUGGGCUGCAGAUGAUGUUGCACAUGGUCUUCAAGGUGGCGCGGCUCCUGCAGCCCUCCGUGAUCUGGGUCGGGAACGCAGAGAAGAUGUUUUAUAAGAAGGUCCCCAAGGAAGAGAAGGAGAUGGACCCCAAGCGGCUGAGGAAGGACCUGCCCAAGGCCCUGCGGCUGCUACGCCCCGGCGACCGGGUGAUGCUCAUUGGGACGACCGAUAGGCCGCAGGCCGCGGACAUCAGGGCUCUGGGCCGGACCUACGAGCGGAUCCUUAUGCUGUUGCAGCCGGACUACGCCUCCCGCUAUGUGAUCUGGAAGCACCUGAUGGAGAAGCACGGGGGCCCGCUGGCCUGCUCGCUGGACAUGAGCGGACUGGCCAAGGUGUCGGACGGCUACAGCAGCGGCAGCCUGGUCCAGGCCGCUCAGGCCGUGCUCACCGAGCGCCGUCGCCUGCAGCUGCCCAGGCGACCCCUGAUGCCCACCGAGUUCCUGGGGCAGCUGGCCAAGAUGAAUCCCGUGUACCCGGAAGAGGAAGAGGCGUUGAGGGACUGGUACAACAAGACUCCCCUGGGCAGGAGGAGACGCACAGUGGCCCAGGAGCAGGCUGAGGCCCAGGAGAUGAAGGACAAGAAAAAGAAGUGACAGAUCACGCAGGAGAGAG